GGGGCACCAAACAGGCACCCUGAUGCAGUUCACCGGAUUAAAGCUGGCCAAUAUCGGGCCACCUCGGCCACCAUCAAGUGGAGGUGCGGGUGGUGAGAAAAUGGACAACUCUCUGCUCAGAGGGGAUCUCAUCGCAGCCGGUCUGCAUGAGAGAUCGUUGGUCGAAGAGGACGAUCCUCAUCUGAAAGUGUCCUUGGCAAGUGGCGACAUGGGUGUGGCAACCCAUUUGCAGUCUUCAAAGACAGGCAACACCCGCUUCUUCACUAGCAACACCCAUAGUUCUGCAGUGUUACAGGGGUUUGACCAGCUCCGAAUUGAAGGGCUACUUUGUGAUGUCACCCUGGUGCCAGGAGACGGUGAUGAAGUAUUUCCAGUCCAUAGAGCAAUGAUGGCCUCAGCUAGUGACUAUUUUAAGGCUAUGUUCACAGGUGGAAUGAAGGAGCAAGACCUAAUGUGCAUUAAACUCCAUGGGGUGAACCGAAUAGGACUUAAGAAAAUCAUUGAUUUCAUUUAUACCGCAAAACUUUCCCUUAACAUGGACAACCUUCAGGAUACUUUGGAAGCAGCCAGCUUUCUGCAGAUUUUACCUGUCCUGGACUUCUGUAAAGUAUUUCUUAUAUCUGGGGUUUCUCUUGAAAACUGUGUUGAGGUUGGACGAAUUGCUAAUACCUACAACUUGACAGAAGUAGAUAAAUACGUAAAUAACUUCAUUCUGAAGAAUUUUCCUGCACUGCUAAGUACUGGUGAAUUUGUGAAACUCCCAUUUGAGCGACUUGCCUUUGUGCUUUCGAGCAACAGCCUCAAAAACUGCACGGAACUUGAACUUUUCAAGUCUGCCUGUCGUUGGUUGAGAUAUGAGGACUCUCGGAUGGAUUUUGCCUCAAAGAUAAUGAAGAACAUUAGGUUUCCACUGAUGUCACCGCAGGAAUUAAUUAAUCAUGUUCAAACAGUGGACUUCAUGAGAACAGACAACGUUUGUGUCAAUCUAUUACUGGAAGCCAGUAACUAUCAGAUGAUGCCCUACAUGCAGCCUGUCAUGCAGUCUGAAAGAACCUGUAUCCGUUCAGAUAACACUCACUUAGUAACCUUAGGCGGAGUGCUAAGGCAGCAGCUGGUUGUGAGCAAAGAACUAAGAUUAUAUGAUGAAAAGUCACACGAGUGGAAAUCACUUGCUCCAAUGGACGCACCAAGAUACCAGCAUGGCAUUGCAGUGAUUGGAAACUUCCUUUAUGUUGUAGGUGGGCAGAGCAAUUAUGAUACGAAAGGGAAGACUGCUGUUGACACCGUGUUCAGAUAUGACCCUCGGUACAACAAAUGGAUGCAAGUAGCAUCUUUAAAUGAAAAACGUACUUUCUUCCACCUAAGUGCCCUGAAAGGCCAUCUUUAUGCAGUUGGUGGUAGAAAUGCAGCUGGAGAAUUGGCCACUGUGGAGUGCUACAAUCCGAGAACCAAUGAGUGGAACUACGUGGCCAAAAUGAAUGAACCUCAUUACGGACAUGCUGGAACUGUUUACGGUGGUUUCAUGUACAUUUCAGGUGGGAUUACCCAUGACACCUUCCAGAAAGAACUCAUGUGCUUUGACCCUGAUACAGACAAAUGGACCCAAAAAGCUCCGAUGACCACAGUUCGGGGCCUCCAUUGCAUGUGCACCGUUGGAGAUCGCCUUUACGUCAUCGGUGGGAACCAUUUCAGAGGAACCAGUGAUUAUGAUGAUGUCUUGAGCUGUGAAUUCUACACACCCGCCCUGGACCACUGGACCCCAAUUGCAGCUAUGCUGCGUGGGCAAAGCGAUGUAGGCGUGGCAGUCUUUGAAAACAAGAUCUACGUGGUGGGAGGGUAUUCUUGGAAUAACCGCUGCAUGGUGGAGAUCGUUCAGAAAUACGACCCGGAGAAAGAUGAAUGGCAGAAGGUCUUUGAUCUCCCCGAGUCACUGGGAGGAAUUCGAGCAUGUACUCUCACAGUUUUUCCACCAGAGGAAAAUACUGGAUCACCUUCCCGAGAAUCACCUCUCUCUGCACCUUAGAAAAAGAACAGGACUGCUCUAACUUCAGCUCUUACAAAGAACUCAUUUGCACAGCAUCAUAAUUAAUAUCAAAGAUUUUCUGCCUAUUUGCUCGGUAGUAACUAUAGUAGGCAGUGACACGAGUAUAAUUACAAAAACAGUGCAUUGAGUUAUUUGUGCAGUACUGUUGACAUCGGUUGUCCGCCUGUUACAAGAGACAUAAUAAUAUAUAUAUGUCCAGGAUUGAACUCUGUCUGAAAAAGUUUAGUGAUUUUACUGUUAUACAGUGUGAUUUCUUUGGGGGGACAGUGCAGUACUGAGGCUUUCUCACUAUGGUUCAUUUAAAACAAUUAAUUACUAACCUAUGGGUGCAUCUUCAUUGCCAUGGGCUCCCAAGAUCUCAAAAUACUUUCAUACCAUUCAUAUAGAUGUGGGAAGACAGCCUGUCACAUGGCUGUUUUCCAUUAAAAUGUUGACCCAAGUUAAUUGGCUGCCCCAUCUAUCUGAAUUUAAGGGACACCUAUCUUGUCUUUUGAUAUUAAGUUAAACGCAACGCUGAUGGAUUGAAUUCCAGUACGCAGUAUUUGUGCUAUCAUCAUUUCACUUCUGCUGAAUUCAGAAAGCUGACCAGUUUAAUUCUGAGCUGAUUAGCUUUAGCCUUCUCCUUUGUUUGUUGUACAGGUCACUACUGUGCUGCAUCUCUCCUUUGCACAUUUUGGUUGAUGAGAUUAUUUAGCACACUGUGUGGCAACAGUAGGAGUGUUGCUGAGCUCAGUGAACGUGAACUAUGAUGCUCAGCAUUUUUUUUUGUUCAAUAAAGGUUUAACUGAAAUCAACAGGCCUACAUACUUCCUAACUUGCAUCCUUCACAAAACAUCCUUAAUGCAAAUUAUGAUAUCUACUUGCUUUUAUCUGUUUGCUGUUUUUUGCCUUUAAGCUGAUUAAUGGAAUUUAACUUCACAAAUUUGGUUUUGAAGGAAUAAUCUGACAGCUCCAAUUCUAACAGCAAGGCAGACAAUAGCUGUAAAAAGAAAGGAUUAUGCCAAUGUUUUGAGUGUAGCUCCUUCAUAAAAGCCUUUGUGUUUUUAUUUCAGCCUAAGAUACUUCAGGUAUUUAUAUUUGCAGUAUUGUGAGAGCGGUACCAUGUGUUCCCCAGACAUUCUGCUGUCCAAGGAAGCUGAUAUUUGUACUUUUGUUUUUUAAUGAAAAUGAUUUUGUUUUCUUAA